AUGACUCUCGGGCUGAGAAGGAACACCGCAGGUAACAGAUCGUCUGUCGAGGGCGACCGCCCAGACACAACCGCCGACGAUGAGACGGUCGUUGACCAGGACCAGGGUAAUGUCCUAUCACACAUCAUCAGCCAGUUGCGACCAGGCGCCGACCUGAGUAGAGUGACGCUGCCCACCUUCAUCCUCGAGCCUCGAUCUAUGCUGGAGAGAAUCACAAACUUCAUGGCCCACCCCGAGAUUCUCCUUACCCUACCUGGUAUCGAUGAUCCUGUCGAGCGCUUUGUCGCCGUGACCAAGUUCUACUUGAGCGGAUGGCACAUCAAGCCUCCCGGUGUCAAGAAGCCUCUCAACCCCGUCCUCGGCGAGACCUUUACCGGAUACUGGGACUACCCCGACAAUACGCGCGGCUACUACAUCUCGGAGCAAACAUCUCACCACCCUCCCAAGUCGAGCUACUUCUUCGCAGCCCCCGAACACCACAUCCGUGUCGACGGUACACUCAAGCCCCGAAGUAGGUUCUUGGGCAACUCUGUUGGAAGCUUCAUGGAAGGUAUCGCAGUGAUGCGUAUGACAAACCGCAACGAGCGAUACUUUAUUACCCAGCCCAAUAUGUAUGCUAGAGGUAUUUUGUUCGGCAAGAUGAAAUACGAGCUUGGUGAUCACGCCUACGUCCGCUGUCCGGAACUGGGCCUGGAAGCCGAGAUUGAUUUCAAGGUCAAGGGCUGGAUGACUGGAACAUACAACGCUAUUGGUGGCCAUAUCAAGGACACUAAGAGUGGAAAGAAUCUGUUUGAGCUCAGUGGUUACUGGGACAAGGAGAUGUACAUCAAGAACUUGACAACUGGCAAGAAGGAGCUCAUUUUCGACGCAUCGCACGCAAGACCCUCAUAUCCCAAGGCACGCCCGCUGGAAGAGCAAGGGGAUCGCGAAUCGCAAAAGCUAUGGGACAAGGUCACCAAGGCCAUCAAGGUCGCCGACCAGAGGACUGCCACUGACGAGAAGUCUUUUAUUGAAGACCGUCAGCGCGCAGAAGCCGCAGAGCGUGGAGAGCACGGAGAGUGGCAUCCCAAGCUGUUCCGCAAAACAAGAGCUGGAGCCAGUCAGAGUCCCGGAGACAUGGACGGGGAGGAGAAUCUCGACUGGGUCAUUGAUGCCAACAUUGACGGCAAGACUCCCGACGAAAUCGUCAAGCAGGUCCUCGCUAUUGCACCUAUCCUACCAGGCCAGAAGGCACACGCACAGCCUCAAGCUCAAGCGCAACCUAGAUCUGAAGCUCCUGCAGCCGCUCCUGUGGCAGCUCCCGUAGCAGCCUCCAUCGCUGCUCCUGCACCGCAGCCGCAGGUACAGCAGAUCCAGACUCCACAACAAUUCCAACCCGCUCCAUCUGGUCCCAGCAAUCUUGUCGACUUUGGUCACUCGGGCGGCGUUGCUCCCAGACAGCCUCCUCAACAAAAGACCUCUCCAUUGGACACUCUGGGAGAUCUCAAGGAACCAUUGCAACCCGUCAUCCACCGUCAAGAUAGUGUCGAAGGCUUUGAUGAAGAGUUCCACGAUGCUGACUCAUAG